AUGGCUUUCAAAAUCUAUAGAAUGAUUCCCUUUUUAUAUGAGUUGAGAGUAAUUAUAGAUUGGACAUUUACUACUACAGCAUUAGACUUAAUUCAAUGCUUUAGACUAGAAGAUAUUUUUGCUAAUUUAUACAUUUGUCAAGCUUAUUAAGAUUCUCGUAUUGAAAACCAUAAAUUAAGAGAUCCAAGAUCAUCCUCAGAUAAAUGUUUAAAUGGAUGUCUUUAUUCAAUGUUUAUUGUUUUCAUCAUUAUCUUACCAAUCUUAAUUUUUAGUACUUUAAAUUCUGCUGUUGAAAUCAAUAACAUUACUAAUGAUAAGUUUAGUAUUAAAGCGGCUUUCUUUGGUUAAGAUGAUAAAUUAUUCUUUACUUUAUUUUAAGUCAAUGAUUUAGAAUUAUUAGAUAUACCUAAUGAAUAAUUUAAAAAAAUUCAAAAAAUAUAUAGUGAAAUUGAAACAUCAUGGUAAGAAAGAAUGUAAAAAGUAAGAAUAAAGAGAUUUAGUGAUUUAGAAUGGAAUCUACCUGGAAAUUAUAUAGAUUAAAUAAGAAAUAUGAUAAAAUCAUAAGAAUAUUAGGUUGAAAUAUAAUGUGAAUAGGUAUUUUAAAAGAGUGAUAGUUAAGGUGGUGCAAAAUCAUUUACAGGAUAAUCUAUUGUAUAAGCACCUGAUACAUUUGUGAAUAAUUUUGGUAAGAUUUUAGCUCCAAAAGCCCCAGAUGCAAUAUUUGACAUAAAGGUGUUGGUUCCAAAAUUUUUAUAUGUAGGAGAAGCAGAAACUCAAGCAUUACGAUUAGAACCAGUGAAUAUAAGAGAAGAGAUAAGUUACUAUUAAGAUAUUCGUUUAAUUCAUAAGAAAACAAGUGAAUUUGUAUUUUUUGAAUUAGUACCAAAUGAUGAUUCAACAGAUUUGAAAUAGAUAGGAGGUAUAGAUAAUUUAUAAUAUAUUAAAUAGCAUCAUCAUAGAAUAGAGUUGAGUUUUUUGUUUUAAAUGAAUUAGCAUUUAGUAGUUUAAUAGGAGCAUUGUCAAUAAAUAUGUCAAUUAUAGGUAUAUAUGCAACAUUUGUAUUGACAAUUGGUAGAUUUUUGAGAUUUGCAUAUGAUAAAAUAAGUACAAGAGUAAUAUAAAUUGUUUGAUUUAUGUUAAAAUAUUUAUAUAGCAAGAGUUGAUGAAGAUUUCUUUAAGGAAGAAAUCUUUUAUGAAUUAUUGAUUAGGAUUUAUAGAAGUCCUGAAAUAAUAUUUAAGAUGACAGGUGCUUCAAUAUAUGAUAAAUNCUUUUUAUAUGAGUUGAGAGUAAUUAUAGAUUGGACAUUUACUACUACAGCAUUAGACUUAAUUCAAUGCUUUAGACUAGAAGAUAUUUUUGCUAAUUUAUACAUUUGUCAAGCUUAUUAAGAUUCUCGUAUUGAAAACCAUAAAUUAAGAGAUCCAAGAUCAUCCUCAGAUAAAUGUUUAAAUGGAUGUCUUUAUUCAAUGUUUAUUGUUUUCAUCAUUAUCUUACCAAUCUUAAUUUUUAGUACUUUAAAUUCUGCUGUUGAAAUCAAUAACAUUACUAAUGAUAAGUUUAGUAUUAAAGCGGCUUUCUUUGGUUAAGAUGAUAAAUUAUUCUUUACUUUAUUUUAAGUCAAUGAUUUAGAAUUAUUAGAUAUACCUAAUGAAUAAUUUAAAAAAAUUCAAAAAAUAUAUAGUGAAAUUGAAACAUCAUGGUAAGAAAGAAUGUAAAAAGUAAGAAUAAAGAGAUUUAGUGAUUUAGAAUGGAAUCUACCUGGAAAUUAUAUAGAUUAAAUAAGAAAUAUGAUAAAAUCAUAAGAAUAUUAGGUUGAAAUAUAAUGUGAAUAGGUAUUUUAAAAGAGUGAUAGUUAAGGUGGUGCAAAAUCAUUUACAGGAUAAUCUAUUGUAUAAGCACCUGAUACAUUUGUGAAUAAUUUUGGUAAGAUUUUAGCUCCAAAAGCCCCAGAUGCAAUAUUUGACAUAAAGGUGUUGGUUCCAAAAUUUUUAUAUGUAGGAGAAGCAGAAACUCAAGCAUUACGAUUAGAACCAGUGAAUAUAAGAGAAGAGAUAAGUUACUAUUAAGAUAUUCGUUUAAUUCAUAAGAAAACAAGUGAAUUUGUAUUUUUUGAAUUAGUACCAAAUGAUGAUUCAACAGAUUUGAAAUAGAUAGGAGGUAUAGAUAAUUUAUAAUAUAUUAAAUAGCAUCAUCAUAGAAUAGAGUUGAGUUUUUUGUUUUAAAUGAAUUAGCAUUUAGUAGUUUAAUAGGAGCAUUGUCAAUAAAUAUGUCAAUUAUAGGUAUAUAUGCAACAUUUGUAUUGACAAUUGGUAGAUUUUUGAGAUUUGCAUAUGAUAAAAUAAGUACAAGAGUAAUAUAAAUUGUUUGA